GGUCUUCAUUCUGCAUUAUGGAGAGGUUUUUCUUCUCUGUCAAUUACACAGAUUCCUCAAUGGUGGUUCAUCUGUUGCAAUGUCUUUUGCUUCCUCCUGUCUCUAUUCCUAGUCUCUUGGGUUCGACGUCUUAUGGACUCUCUUCACUCAUUCUUUGUCUGCAAGGUGUCUAGGUCCUUGGUGGAAGAUGCCCACGUUCUAGCAGGACAGGCUCGUCAGCGUCAGCUUAUUUCGCCUUUUUUUUUUUUUUUUUUUUUUAGGGAAACGUUACCCACAAAAAUGCAAUUAAUAGGCUAGAGACCUAGAGUUCCCUGUAAAAUGACAAUAAUACCGAAUUAAACCCCAGGUUUACCCUAAAAAAAAAACCAGGUUUUAAACCAAAAUUACAGAGAGAAGAAUCAACAAAUAAGGAAGAAGCAUUAAUUAGUAGCAGGUAGAAAUCGUGGAAUGUUCAACCUUUUUCAGAAAUUAAUAAUUUCCAGAACUUUUAUUUAUUUUAUUUAUUUGAGAGUAGCGAUUUAUCACUAUAUCUCAAUUCUCAUCACCUCUGUUCUUCUUCAACUCAACCUCAUUCCUCAUUUUCCCAGACUUCCAGUUGGUGGACUGCAGGCCAGGGAAUAAAUGUGCAGAUUCUAAACAUUAGUCAUCUGAAGUCUACAUAACGGUCAAUGUGUUUGAAGUUUGAAGAAAACCAAUGAAUUGAACUUCUAAAGUAGUCGCUUUUUUGGUUCAUUUCCAAUGUGGCCUCUGUGUGUUUUUGUAAAUAAAUUACUGAACUUGGAAGAGGUUGCACAAAAUAGUUCAGAUUGCAGUUUAUCCGGUUCUUGCUCACUCAAGUUUUCGUCAACUGAUGAAAUAGAACAUGAUGUGAUGUUACCCCGUGUACAUUUCAUAGAGGUUCCUCAUGUCAAUCAGUUAUCCAAUUGGGAUUGUGGUCUUGCCUGUGUUCUGAUGGUUUUGCAAACAAUUGGCAUCAACAACUGCAGCUUGCAUACAUUGGAGAAGCUCUGUGGUACAAGAAGCAGCAUCUGGACUGUUGAUCUGGCAUAUUUGCUGCAAAAGUUUUCUGUCAUCUUUUCCUUCUUCACUGUGACUAUAGGAGCGAACCCAAACUUCUCCGUGGAGUCAUUUUACAAGGAUCAGUUACCACAUGAUUUGGUCCGAGUAGAUAUGCUAUUUCAAAGAGCAAUUGAAGCUGGAAUCAGGAUAGAGUGCAGAUCAUUUAGUCUAAAAGAAGUAUCUCUCUUGAUCUUGUCAGGAAGAUACGUAGCAAUUGCUUUGGUUGAUCAGUGCAAACUUACUCAGUCAUGGCCGGAGGAUUACCAUGUCUCUGAUUUUUGUGGAAGCAAUCUGGCCUACACAGGUCAUUAUGUUGUAAUUUGUGGUUAUGAUGCUGACAAAGAUGAGUUCGGAAUCAGGGAUCCUGCCAGCUCAAGGAAAUAUCAGAAAAUCUCUUCGAAACACCUAGAUGAGGCUCGCAAAUCUUUUGGUACAGAUGAGGACCUUCUAUUGCUCCCGUGGAUGCUAAAAAAAGAAUAAUGUUUAACAACAUUUUACGGUACAGAUUUCACUUCAUCAGAGAUACAAUAAAGAGGCAUUUCCGCUCAUCUCAAAUCAUGUUAAUGAAGAUCCAUGACAUCUUACAGGGUAACUUACUGUAAAUUGUGUAUAUGAUCCUUCACAUGUACCAUAUCAUCCCCUGCUAGAUUUUCAUAUCUAAAUCCAUCUCCAGAUUUGAUGAAUUAGCUUAGAUCAGCAUCUGUAAAUCGUCGCCUCUAAUUUUUUUUUUUCUUUGUUUUUUUGACAGCGAUUGUCUCUACUUAGAUAAAUAAUUCUUUUGUAAAUCUCUUCAAUUGUGUGUUUAUGUGACUGGGUGAUGAUUAUCAAAUGCUUGAAAAUUGAUCACC